UGCGGCCACACAAAGCGAGGGUAGAAGAUCUUUGGGAACAUGGAUACAAGCGGCGCGGCGGAGAAGGAGCGGCGCCAAUCGACAUUGCUUUCCGAGAUGCUUCAAGAUGAGAAUGCUUCCUCCAACAACCGAUCCCAGCGCAUAUUGGGAGAACUCGCGGUGCUAUGUUCAGAUCGCGAUGCUGUCCUUACCGCGGACUCGUUGCAGUAUUUAAGUUCUGCGGGAAAAGCCGAAGUAGUCAAGCUCAUGGCGGAGAAAGUACCGUCCACCAGUACUAGUUCCUCUAGCCAUAAGAAAGACGACAGCAGCAGCAACCACGCGCGCAUCUCAUCGGAUUCCGCGCGUCGGCAGCGGGUGGAAGAACUGACGCGAUUCUUCAUGGAAGCCAAGUCGGAUAUUGAAUUCGCGCUCAGUGGAGGUGGGGAACGUCGACGUGACUUGCGUGCGACGUCGGCCGCGGAACUCGAACUGAACGACGACGACCGCGACAUGAUGGAUAGCAGCAGCAGCAGCGACAACAUCUCGUCAUCGCCCAUGGUACUGCCCCCGCCGUUGAAACCAUUCGCGGACGAGAUUGCAGGCGACAGCGACGAUUCCCCUUCGUCGUCCACGCCGCUUCUACCUCGUCCUCCAUCGUCUGGGGGCGCUCCUCUGGCCGCCGCCCCGAAGCUCAAUGUCACCGUACCCGUGCAUUUUCAGCUUCUAGAGGACCCCGUGGACUCGCGCGUGUUCCACCCGUUGCUUCUGUCCAUCCGCGAGACGGAUCCGUUGUUGUAUGGCACGAUCGUGUGCCACCCCCUUGUCACAGGACAAGACAUAUCGCCCAAAAAGCAAGACAGCAAACGCGGUAAGAAGAAGAAACAGCGCUCCAGCACUACUGCUGCUUCUACCCCUGCUAAAGCCAAGAAGGCCGACAUGUACCAUCCCGACUUUUCAUUGCCGCCGUUGACGGCCGAGGACACGGCGCUGAAUCUGGCCCGAUUUAUUGCGCGCGCCAUCGCCGAUCGAUCGAUGCAAGGGCUAUUGUUGGUGGUCAAAGUCAUGUCGUCGUACCCGUGGCACGACAAGAUCCUCAUCCCUGUGGGAUCUCAUUUACUAAGUGGCCAAAUGAAGCCGCCGUCGCCGCCGCCGCCGUCUGUGGAGAAGACCAUGGACUCGUCCAUGGAUUUCAUCACCAGCGUCAUGGAACUCGAGGGUCAAUUGGAUCCGUUGGCCGCACUCCGAUCUCGAUUGGGUCGAUUUGAAGAACGUCAUCAUGCCAUGGACAACGACACUGAAGAAGAAGAUCGACUGGUCGAGCAAAUGAGUUUGCACAUGCCGAAUUUGGACGAAGGAGUGGACGAGGAAGUGCUCAUGGCGCGGGCGAUCGCGUUGUCGUUGUCCCCGGACGUGGGGUGCUUAAAGGACAACGACGUGCCCCCCCCUCCCCCCCCUCUCCCCCCUCUCCCCCUCGCGCCAACCACCGCCGAUCGACCGCCGCCCGUGCCAUUCACACCGGAUGAAUUGUGGCGCUUAUGCGGCGACCCAGUGCCAGACCUGGUCGAUGGCGCCACGGUCAUCCUAUAUUGCAUUGGAGCCUUGCUGGAAGACUGCCAAGCGUACCUGUCGAGCAUCCAUCGCCGUAUUCUGCCGGCGCACAACCCCAUCGUACCCCACCCGCUCACGUUUUUGCUGUUGCAUUCGAAUUUGGUGCACUUUUUGAAUCACGAGGUGAUUACGACGGCCGCCAGCGCAACCGACGCCAUCUCGUCGUUGGACCGUAAUGAUGAUGUGGUGGUGGCCGCUGGCCAAGUCGUGCUCUUGCAUGUAUUGGAACUCCAUUUGUUUCACGUGGAUGUGGUGGGUACUGUGCCUGCGUCGGUGGGUCUGGGGCAAUCCGCAGCCAAUCCGAACCCUGUACCGACCGCGUUGAAGCAGAUUGUGGAGCGGUACACUACACGUUCAUACGACGCUGUGGACAGGAUGAGCCAUCCCCUGGCAGAGCAGUACCGUGGCCGUGUUGGCGAACAAGCGAUUGUUACAUGGGUGCGUGGCCUCGCGCACUUUUACCCAGCGCACGCGAGUCGGCAUCGGCUGCUCCUGACGCUGCUGGACGACAUCCAUGCCAACAGCUCGACACCAGCAACAGCGUUGAGAAUGUAUCAGCUGGACUUGAUGUGCACGCGACUGGCGCUGCCUGAUCUGGCAGUGUCGUUUACGCCUGUUGUGAGUAACCAUACCAGCUUCAAGGUAGACGACGCUGCGCUACUACUUACGUCCAAGCUUGUGUGGUCCCCGGCUGCGAUUCGCGAAGGAUUGAACCAAGAUACGUGCUCGAUUCAAGCGGUUGUGGAUCUCUGUCAUGCAGUAGGCGGCAAGGAUGAUGGCCCCAAGUUAGCGCCAUCGGAACAACACUCGAUUGAACACGUGGCAGAGUUGUACCAGCAGCUAUACGACAAACAGCAAGCUCGUACGUACGACAGUUGGUCCGACUUGCCGCUGGUGGUCGAUGCGUUGCUUCGCCACAUCCGGUUGCAUCCGGAGGAAUAUGACCCAUCGCCACCCGCUGCGUUUGGCCAUGCCCCCCUGAUCCACGGCGCUCGUCCCACGGCACUUCUCCUGCUUCGGUCACUUCAAGAAGGGAUGCUUCAGUGCCUCCAUAGCCUUGCCGCUGGGGGAAGCGGCCAGUCGUUGUCGUCGCCAGUGUCGUUGGAAUUUGACCCAGCCAGAUGUGCGGAAACCCUGACGUUGGUCGACAACAACUCGAGCGCCAAGCAACAUACGGCCAAGCAGUGGGGCAUGGUCUUAUCCACAUAUGCGUGUGCACCCAACACGGGCCUGCAUGAAUGGGCGGUGCGCCUCGACCGGUGUGAAAAAGGCCACGUGUUUCUAGGCGUAUGCACGCGUGAUGCGGCCGUGUCGACAUACGUGGGCGGCGAUCGGCAAGGCUGGGGACUCAUCGGUACCCGCGCGCUAUGGCAUAACCGGAGCAAGGUCCGCGGCGAUUAUGGAGACGGCUUUAGCACGGGUAGCACGGUGCGUAUCCGGCUCAAUACGGACACUGGCGCGUUGAGCUUUGGGCUGGUGGACGACGACAGCGACUGGGGCACGGCAUUUGAUGGACUGACGCAGUACGGCGCGCUGUACCCGGCCAUUGGAUUGUACCAGCGGGACGACCAGGUCACGUUGGUGCCGACGUUCCACCACCACCCUCCGUCUGGUCCUCCUUCUGCGACACUGUUGCGCCGAUCGACGCACCCCGUGUCACUGCAAAAACCACCAUCGUCCGUCAGUGGGGCUAGUACUAGUACUACUAGUAGUAGCUUGGACCAGGACGUGGUGUUUGACACAUUUGUCCAGUAUACGCACAAAGUACUAGACGUUGAGCGGUUGAGUGUGCCGCUGUUGAGUGCGUUGGCGCUCAUGACACCGGCGUGGCGGGUGCAGUUUGCAUGGCAGUUGCUGCCUGCUUGCGUGGCCCUGACCAAGCGAUUGGACCACGACCAUAUGUCGCUGCAGGUGCACAUUGGCGGCACAUGGGAGCUCAAAAGCAGCGCCGCGGGCACUAUCCCUGCCCAGCAAUACGUGGUCGAGUUGACCCAACAAGGCAACGAAAACGACAGUAGCACCAAUACAUUGACUGGGCAAUCAGUGUCGACCAACGCUGUGACCUUGCAAGGCACGAUCCGAGGCACCAAAGUGAGGUUCCUAGAGACGUGGAUGCAGGGCAGCACGUGUCUGGUCACGGGGCGGGUUCGCGUUGAUGGCCAAAAGUUUACAGGCACGUACCAAGACACCAAGAGCCACACGAGCGGACGCAUUACGGGCGAGUGCAAGAGCCCCAAGGCGGCGGCGUCGGUGGACAUGCGGGCCGUGCUGUAUUUGGCGGCAUCGACGCUGGUCGGCGCGUACAUUUCGAGCUUUCUCGCGCACGACACGACGCCAUUCUUGGCAGACUUGACGGGAUUGCAAGAGGCGGCGGAGGAGGAUGCGACAUCCGUGUCGGCAGAUGCUUCGGCGGAAGAGUACCAAGAAUGGGUGGACAGUGCAUUGUUUGCUGGAGGGUUGCCGCUGGCAGACAUUCGACGACACUUGGACGAUCAUCAUCCUCCUCGUUGUCAUCGGCCCAUGCUCGCGUGGUUUCAAGCUGUGUGGCCUCCGUUGCCACCAACUGGAUCUGUAGACAACCAGAGUCCAUUCCUGCAAGAGUUGCUGAGUGGUCGAGAUGGAGUGGAUGCUUAUGUGACCAAACACGCAGGCGAGUCGGCGUUUGUACGAUUGGGAGGCGAAGCGAUGAAAACGGCCAAGCGCACAGUCUUAGCUGCGAUGUUGUGGCACGGCCACGUCACAGCCAUCGACACGAGUCAACCAGACUCGCGACCGAGCGAAAACAUUUUGCACAUCUGGCGGUCGGCGCACCGCGUGAUUGAAUGGGGCAUCCGCAUGAAGAAUGCCAACGCAAUGACAUAUGCCAGCGUGGCCGCACUCAUCACCCGCCGCGCGCGGUUCUUGCUGCGCCUACAGCCCUCCGUCCGCGGCCUCGUGUUGCAGGAGCGAGCAUUCUCGGAAAUCGUCAUGCUCGUGUCCAGGUUCGUGGAAGCGGGGGUACAACUGCAGCGGUUGGAAUCGAUGGUGUUGCGCAACUGUUCGCGCGCGUACCUUCGCAUGAUUGGGCUCAACGCAAUGCGAGCUGUGGUGGAGCUAGGGCUGCAAACCAGCGCCGGACUCUGUGCGGUGCUCCAAUGGGUGAGCAAUCACGACUCGUUAGAGAGUCUUCGGCCCAGUGGUACUGGUACCUCCCAUUACUUGGAUGCAUUGGGCGGGGUUGGCUCGACGCUACAGCGCCAAGUCCGAGACUCAUGGGAGCAAUUGUAUGGCCAUUUCGCUGCGCUAUUGUCUCGAGCUACAUGGGCAAAAGACUCGGACUUGCAACUGGUGGUGCUGCAGGCUUGGGGGAUUAUUAUCAUACCGGACGAUCACGCGUUCAUCUCUCGCAUGGGUAUAUUCCGCAUUUUGCAAACCGUGCUGGACGAAGCCAGGUCAUCGCCGGUGUCUUCGCCAUGCCCUUUGUUGGCAGACGACAACAGCAACCCCACGAAACCUAUUGUACAGGCCGCGCUCAAGGUGGUCCAUCUGCUAGCGGCCCAAGUCGCGACGAGCAGCCACGCCGAAGAAAGCAGCACUAGUACUAGUACUGACGUGAACACGACGAUCCCGUUGGUGCGGCAGCCGUCGGGGCCUGAAACCCUCGGCAAGAGUGUAUUUAACAUGCUCUACACGGAACUCCAUAAUGCGUGCCAGGAAGAUGUGGGGCCGCAGCACUAUUGCUACCAGAUUUGUUCGCUCCUGCACUCGGUCAGCGGCGCCGCCAUCUGCCGCCAGCACUUGUCGUCUGGCCGAUGGCUCGGUCUGUUGCUGCAGCUCGUGGAACGAGGCACGUUUGCGAUUCAACAACGUGUACUACAGCUGCUACGUCGACUGCUUCCAUAUUUGUCACCUCUGACGCUACACAUUCAAGCGGAUGACGUGUACAUGGGCGCCGACAGCUCCCGCAAUGCGUCGCAACUGGUGGGAUUUUUCCUCGACCUUCUCGGUCGGUUGGUCCCGCCCCCAUCAUCAUCCUUACCUGACCAUGGCAUAAGUGUACCGGAAAAGCCCACGUUGAAGCUCCAUCAUGGCUGCGGUGUCGAAGUGGUGCUGCUGUUGCGUUCAUUGUUAUUGGCGUCAGAGUGGGCGCCUCUGUUGCAAUCUGUAUUUUUGCAAGCCUUGUCCCCCGACUCCACGGACUUUCAAUCGCGGGCGUUGGCAGUGCUUUGUGUGUUGGGAGGACAUAUUGAAGGGCUUCAAGUGGGCAUGGUGAUUCAGAUUUUGCCAAAAAGCCAUGGGACGACCCAAGAAGUCAUGUUUCGGGGUGCCAAGGGCGUGCUGGUGGCAUUGGAUGUCGAAAAAGGCUCGGCCGAAGUGCUCUUGCAGAAAAAUACCGCCGCGGGUGCUUCGACCGAGUUGAGUUUGAGUACUUUAAAUCGGCCGAUCCGAGUGCCGUUGGAGGACAUUGCGGCGCUGCCAGACGUCGAGUGCAAAGGUGGCGAUCUGUCGCGAGCCUUUUUGAAGCACCUGGUUGAAUCGAAUUUGCCGCACUUUCUAACCAGUGUAUUGACUGACCCAAUAACCCCAUCACAAGACCAACCAAAUGAGAAUCGCGACCAUCUCAUGGGGCUGCUCCUGGGUCUGGUGGGGUUCCGUGCACUGGGGUCGCUCGUCCAAUCAGAUGACGAGAACGACCUGGUCUUGUGCGAUUGCAUUCCGUUGCUGUUUCAAGUGGCUACGAUUCACACGCAAAACCCAUCCGACAUUAGCUUGCUCGAGGAACACUGGGUCCAGCGAUACAAACUCUGGUAUGACGUGCAGUGUCCGGGUGGGGUUGACGCACUAGACGAUGCGUCGGCCCCGCCGUCGGCGCUAUGCCAGCAAAUGAUGGAGAUGGGGUUUCCCCGGGAAUGGUGUGACGUGGCCCUGCUAAAGUGCUCGUACCAAGUCGAAGCCGCCAUCAACUUUUGCUUUGAGCAUUCCAGUGACAUGGACCGACUGGUGAAACAGCCGACUGCCCGAUCGACUGGCCGGAUGCCAUCACCUCCGACGUCUUCAACAAGUACCCGGCCGGAUGUGUCGCCGAUCCUGUUGGAACAGCUCAGUGAAAUGGGAUUCCCACUCACGUGGUGUCGAAAAGCCCUGAUUGCCAAUCGCAACAACGUGGAUGCAGCAUUGACGUGGAUUUUAUCGAAUGGCGAAGCGUUGGAAGCAGACGACCGUCGGCAACAAGACCAAAAAGAGGCCUUUGGUGACACGAUAGACGAGAGUCCACUUGUCACGGCGAGCAUCCCGCAAGGACCAAAUCCGUUGCGUCCCGUGAGUGGUUUGGCGACCAUCAACGACGACAUGCUCGUGGAAGGAUCGGCCGGCGGCGGGUUUGCUUCGGUUGGGGCCCCUGAUUGUAUCGUUCAAACCGGCAAAUGGUACUACGAAGCGACCUUGAGUACCUCUGGGUGCAUCCAGAUCGGGUGGGCAGACGCGGCGUUUAGCGGGGCGUCUGAGCGGGGCGACGGCGUCGGCGAUGGUCCGCACUCAUGGGCAUAUGAUGGAUGGCGGCAGAUGAAAUGGCACGGCAACAGCAGUUCGUACGGUAUCAAGUGGAAAUCCGGCGAUGUGAUUGGCUGCGGCGUCGACUGCGAUGCCGGCCUGCUGUUUUUCACGCUCAACGGCCAGUACAUGGGCGUAGCAUUUCGUGGCGUCCAAUUUGCAGGAGGCAUGUACCCGUGUGCUUCGUUUAACCGACGAGAGCGGCUGACGUUCAACUUGGGUGGACUUCCAUUUCAGUACCCCAUCGACGGGUUUUCUCCCAUAUUGCAUGCUAUUUGGACCCCUUCCAGUGCUCCGAGUUAUGAAAAGGGUCAACACGAAGACUGUUUGGAAGAAUACGUGGGCGAAGAGUACUUUGAUUGCCGGUACUUCGCCAAGGACCUCAAGGCGACUGCAGGCAGCACGACCACCUCACGUGUGAAGCCAUCCACGGUGGACCCGACUUCAGACUUUGCCGAAUUGACGCGGUCAUUAGCGAUAUUACACUGUCGCAGACUGCUCUUGACCAUCUUGGCGGCCUCUCGAUCGAGUAAUCUGCUCAACGACGUACCCACGGAGCUUGUGGGUACAUUUUUGAAGCUUGUGGCAUCGUACACGUCGCCAGCGUCGACCGUGUCGGAGCUAUUCAAAGCGGUGACUGUCGACACGAUGAGUCCGCGGCUAGAAGUAUCGCUGGUGCAAUGCAUCGAUGACCAGAUUCGUAUGGCAUCCCGUCGCAAGUACGCCAAGAUCCACUGGGAUUGCGGCGUCGAAGCCAUCGUAACGAGCCAACUGUCGACGUUACACUGCUCCGACGGUGGCGGCGGCAUGCUCCCGUCUGUGUGGCACGAUAGCCACGUGUUGGUCCAUCCCAAUGUUGGGCUGGCGGAAUACCUCACGACAUUGUUGGCAUCAAAGCAACCGGCCCCACUGGUUCAAGCGUGGAGCUACGCGCUUCGAUCGCCAAGCAUGACGUUGAAAGAGAAGGCAUUUCGCAUCCUAUCGGGGCUGGUGCCGCAUGUGCCAGAGUCGGCGCUCGCGUGUAUCCCAACCACCCGCCUGCAUGCGAUGACGGUGGCUCGGCUGACGAAAGAAGCCAUACACUUUCCCAUCGCGUCCAAGUACCUGCAAAGUUUGAUGGAGCUCACGUCCACGUUGGUCGUACAGUCGACAUGUACUACAUGUAUUCUGUCGACGGAUCACAACAAUCAACGGCGGAUUGCCCACGCGAUCAAAACCCAACACGAGCUCGACCAACUCCCAUAUAACGUCGUGCAAGUGGGACACACGUCGACGAGUUGCCCCCCCCUUGUGGUGCCCGUGUUAACCAGAGAAGAAGACGACGACGACGAUGAAAUGUCAUCCGAAGAUCAGAACGCCGCCAUGUCGUCGUCGGCGGCGCCGAUGACCGCUGCUGCUGCCGUCGAGUCGAGGUCGCCGGCGACUGGCCCGCCCAUCUCCGCAUCCUUCUUGACCCCUGCCCAACACCAGAUUAUCGUUGCCGCACAUCAUGGGUUCAAAGUGCUCGACGAUCAAACUCGCCAUGGGUUUGAAAUAGGUGUUUUGAGUGACGAAGCGUCGCAGUAUUGGAGUGGCCAGUUGAGUCAGCACGAGCUCUUACCAUUGACCACAGUCCCCCCAGUCAAAGAAGAAGAAGAGAUAGCAGCCCCCCCCCCCCUAACCAUUGGCUGCAAAGUGAUCCGAGGUCCGAAUUGGAAAUGGAGAGAUCAAGAUGGAGGCCAAGGCAGUAUCGGCGUCGUUGAAGGUAUCAGUCCAUGGAGCGGCAUUGAAGGCGAAGGUAUGAGCGUGCGGUGGCCAAACGAUGCCUUGUACACGUACCGGUGGGGUGCAGAUGGUCAGUACGACCUCACGCAUGUCCAAGUGGACAGCGACAACCACAUUGUGACAUCAUUCCCGACUCCCCAAGCUCCCCAGCCGUCGACAGACCGCGUCCACCUCGGCGUCAUCUUUCGGCUUCAUCGCACUGAUAACGCCGCCGCCGCUGGCAUAUCCGGCGUCGUUGAAUACCCCGACAUGAAUGCGGUGAUUGCCGUGGCAGGGCAGUACGUGGAUGAAUCGAUUCAACUGGUGGAACUCGGCAUGAUCCAAGGCGAUGUGGACAUGGGGUGGCACGCCAAAUUUGGCUGCGAUCGGUGGGUCCCGGGCACUCUGUACGAACUGACCCAAGAUGGCAGUCACUUGCACGGACAGUAUAGCCACAGCCUAUGGCAACCCGAGGCAAAGUCGUGGGCACCUAUCCAAGGGCGCGUGCAAGCCCAAUCCCAGCAUUUGUUUGCACUGGACAAACAAGCCACGUUUGCCGCCAGCUUGAGCGUGAGCGACGACGGACUCGCGGUCACGUGCACGUCUGGUGAAGCGAGGAACUUGAGUCUGGGCACCGUCGGGUUUAGCAGCGGCAUUCAUUACUGGGAAGUGCGCGUCGAUCACGCCGAGUUUGGCAGUGUAUUCCUUGGCGUGUGUGAGAAGCAUGUCAAGGGCCAGCCGUCGCUCAACUUGGGGCGGUGGCAGGGCUGGGGCUUUGUGAAUUUUCGAGCGACGUACCACAAUUCGACCGAGCGCAUCUACGGUGAUCACUUUAACGCUGGCGAUACCAUUGGGGUGUGCCUCAACAUGGAGUCGGGAAAAUUGAGCUUCUUCAUGGAUGGUAUCAAGUAUGGCGAGCACAUUGUGACCGAUUUAGGCGUGGCAUUUGAUGGGUUAAAGUCUGAUCGCCACAUCAAGACACUGUACCCGUGCAUUGGGCUUCGCAAAGCCGGGGACCAGGUGACUCUGAACGGCAAGUGGGUAUCGCACCCAGGCUUGUCGUCCACUUUGCUCUACCAAGAUCACGUCGAGCUACAGUCUGUGUUGCAUGCAUGGGCAGGUCGGGACGACGUGUUGCCGCUGGCGUUUAUGCAGGCCAGUUAUGCGUUUUACUGCCGAUGGCGCACAAAUCGGUACCGCCGCGUAUCGAUCCGAGCUAAGGGCAUGACCAUCGAUGUGGAUACGUCUGUGGAGCGAUGUGUUCAAGUAUGUCGAGACAGCCCCACGGUGCUUGUGACUGGCGACCGCGUCAAGAUUAUCAGCAAAGGCGGUCGGGCUCUGGAUGCGCCAGAAGAAGCGAUUGUGUUGGGGGUGUACCGCAAUCGAUUGUGGUAUCGCGUGGAAACCCAAGGCAACGAAGGCGGCGACGAAGGACGAGGGUAUGCCUGGUAUUGGGACCCUAUCGAGUUGCCAGAAUUGGUGUUGAUCCAGCGAAAUGGCAUCGACAUUGGUCAAUCCGACACCACCACGAUUCCACCCCCCAGUCCAGAGUCCAUCCCCACCGGUUCCCGCUUGCUUGGCUUUGACGAGUUCCUCCAGUUGGCUCAAGGCACUUAUGCCAAGGACAUUCCCCUUGUAGACCACAUCAACGCUUUGUGUGCGACUGUGGGCGUGGACGUGGUGAACUUGCCCUUUGAGGCCGUCGCAGAGGAGCUGCAGCCGCGGGUAGCCGUGCUCAUGAUGCUCAACCAAAAGGUCCUGCGCAGUCUGCCCCUGGUUCGGUUUCACGACCGCAGUGUCCUCCGCCACCUCACGUUUACCAGCACCAAGCUGAGCUUUUGGGACGCUACGCUCAAGGCGACGGCGACCCCCACGCCCCUCCCCUCAGACGAGUACGAAGACCCGAGGGAGAUCCGCAUCUUGAGAAUCAACCGGAUCCAGGCACAGCCAUCCAAGCUCGCGCUGUGUCCGUCGCCGUCGGACCGACUCCGCAAAUCUGUGUUUGGCCAACUGUACCGCGAAAUGCGCACGUGGAGUGACUCGGGCUUUCGACGAGCGUACACUGGAAAGGGCCACGGCGGGCAAAAGCGGGCAUUUAAAGUCAAGUUCCUUGGCGAAGGGGUCAACGAUUACGGCGGGCCAUACCGCGCAGUGUUUGAGCAAAUCGUGGACGAAUUGCAGAUGGAUCAAGUGGAACUUACCAAGGGCGAACAAGGGUUACUACCUCUGUUGGUACCAUGUCCGAAUCGACGGUCUGGCAGUGGCACCAACCAAGACAAGUUUGUGCUCAACCCGAGCUGCGGCACGAUUUCCGCGGCGGUGGGGCCGAUUGCAUUGGAAUUGCAUCGGUUUCUGGGCAAAUUGGUAGGCACGGCCGUGCGCCAUGGGCUGCAAAUGGGUCUGGACCUGCCGUCCGUGGUGUGGCGGCCGCUCGUGGGUCUGCCGCUGAAUCGGCAUCACGUUGAAGACAUUGACGUGGUGGCAUUCAAUACACUGACCAAGCUGGAAGCGAUGCCGUUGUCUCGAGAUGCCGUGGAAUACUGCAAACAGUUUACGUUUACCACGCACUUGAGCGACGGGACCGAGGUGCCACUACGACCGGACGGGGAGACCCAGCAGUUGGACUUUGCGUCGCGUGAAAAGUACGUCGACUUGAGCUUUGCCAAACGGUUGGUGGAGAGCGGCCCCCAACUGGCGGCGUUGCGAGAAGGGCUGAGUGCGGUGAUUCCCAUGGAAAUCGCGGGAUUGUUCACUGCAAAAGAGCUGGAAACACUCGUGUGCGGCCGCCGCGAAGUGGACGUGGCGCUGCUCAAGCAAUGCACAGAGUACGAGGAUGUGGACCCGACCAGUGCCCAUAUUGUGGCGUUUUGGCAAGUGCUCGAGGAAUUUUCCCCCGACGACCGCACGUUGUUCUUGUUGUUUGUAUGGGCGCGCAGUCGCAUGCCGAAUUCCGCAAAGGAUUUUCCAAUGAACUUUAAAAUUCAGGCCCCGCAUGACCAAGGUGCACGAAGCCAGCCGGAUCUGUACCUGCCUCAUGCUCAAACGUGCUUUUUCUCGCUCAGCCUCCCGGCCUACUCGACCAAAGCGAUCUUGAAAGCCAAACUGCUCUAUGCGAUUCGAAACAGUCCCAACAUGGACGCCGAUGUCCGCUUGCACAAUGCUGAAGGAUGGGCCGAUGCCUAGGAUGUGUAUGCAGUCGGGAAAUAUAUACAACAGAUAAUAUAUAUAUUGCCAAAUUUCUCGAC